AUGGGUCUUGAAUCUACUUCCCACCAUGGGGAGUCGAUCACCCCCGCACAGAACUCGAGUCCAGAGACCUCCUCUCCAAAUAGCCCUAUGCAGAAGCCCAUGCGGCCAGCGGGCGUGGAUACCCCGAUCCCGCGCAUCACGAUGCGCGCCUUGGUAAUGGCCCUCUUCGUCUCGAUGGGUGGCCUUCUCUUCGGUUACGAUACCGGUCAGAUCUCCGGUUUCCUGGAGAUGAACAACUACUUGCACCGCUUUGGUCAGCACAACAGCCACGGCGAGUACCACUUUAGUCAUGUUCGAUCCGGCCUGAUCGUCGGUCUGCUCUCGAUCGGUACCCUCAUCGGUGCCCUGGUGGGUGCUCCCCUCGCCGACCAUAUCGGCCGCAAGUGGUCCAUCUCAUUCUGGUGUCUCAUCCUGAUGGUGGGUCUGGUGGUUCAAAUCACCUCCCCCGACCGACACUGGUGGCAGAUGAUGAUGGGUCGUUGGGUCACUGGUCUGGGUGUCGGUGCCUGCUCCCUGCUGGUGCCCAUGUACCAGGGUGAGAGUGCCCCGCGUCACAUCCGUGGUGCCAUGAUCUCUUGCUAUCAGCUCUUCGUCACCCUGGGUAUCUUACUGGCCUACCUCAUCAACCUGGGUACUCACAAUCUCCAUGGGACCGCCCAGUGGCGCAUCACGCUGGGUCUGACGUUCAUUUUUGCCCUGGUUCUCGGUGGCGGCAUGGCCUUGUUCCCGGAAAGCCCGCGUUACGAGUUCCGCCAGGGUAAGGUCGAGAGUGCUCAGAGCACCUUGGCGAAGCUGUAUGGCGUUCCUGAGAACCACGUUCGCAUCCUCCAAGAGAUGGAUGAGAUUCGCGAGCAGUUCGAGGCCGAGUCACAAGACCAGACGUGGCGUGAUUUCCUUACCGCGCCUCGCAUGCUCUACCGUAUUGCCCUGGGCAUGGCCCUGCAGAGCCUCCAGCAGCUCACUGGCGCCAACUACUUCUUUUACUACGGUACGACCAUCUUCCAGGGUGCUGGCAUUUCGGACAGCUUCGUUACCCAGGUUAUCCUGGGUGCCGUCAACUUCGCCACUACAUUCGGUGGUCUGUAUAUAGUGGAGAACUAUGGACGUCGCAAGUCUCUCAUGGUUGGCGCUGCGUGGAUGUUGGUGAUGUUCUUGAUUUUCGCCUCCCUUGGCCACUUCAAGCUGGACGUCGACCACCCCGAGAACACACCUAAUAUCGGAAAAGGCAUGAUUGUGGUUACCUGUUUCUUCAUUGCUGCCUUUGCGAUGACCUGGGGCCCCAUGGUCUGGGCCAUUGUGGCCGAGCUCUUCCCUUCCAAGUACCGUGCGAAGGGUAUGGCUCUGGCGACUGCCUCCAACUGGGGCUGGAACUUCGUCAUCUCCUUCUUCACCCCUUUCAUCACCGGCGCUAUCGACUUCGCCUACGGUUACGUCUUCGCCGGUUGCCUGUUUGUUGCGAUUCUGGUCGUCUACUUCUUCGUCAUUGAGGGUAAGGGGCGUACCCUUGAGGAGCUGGACUAUAUGUAUGUCAACAAGGUUUCUCCCUGGAAGAGCAGCAGUUUCGAGUUCCCCCAGCAUGGGGAGUGGAAUACGGAUGAGAGCUCGUCCGAGAGAAAGGAGCAGGAGAUGGACCAUGCCGAGAACGCAUAA